GGUCAUUACGGUAUUUAUGUCAUCACUUCCGUAAAACAAGAACUUGUGUGUCUGUCUUUGUACCAAUUAGCUGCUGCUAGCUGGAAGCGGCGCUGAUGAAAAAAAAAAAAAAAAAAAAAAAAACUGAAACACUGAGCCGAUCGAACAGCUGCUGCCUUCGUGCAGACAGCAGCUGCGUCAACUUACCGCUAAACUCUCCCUUUAAAGUUCAGCCUUCCUGCGCCUCCGUGCCGGUUGUGAGAUAAUGUUGAGCAGCGGAGCCCUGCGCGCUCAGAUCGCCUCCGUUAUUGAAGCUCUGUCCAAAGCUGCCGUGGCAGAAAUCUCCAAACUUGUGGAGGAUGGCAUGGUGGUGCUGCGGCUGGAGAUGUGUCAGCGGGAAAACGAGAUCAAGAAGCUGAAGAGCGACGUCGAGGUGCUGCACGGGGAGCUGAGGGCGACGCAGCAGGCGGAGACCCUGCGGCGCAGAGAUGAAAGUCAGAGUGCAGCUGGUGAUGAGAGGAAUUUGCUUGAAAAUGUGCACACUCAAGACGUCAGCAACAUCCCGGCUUUACCAGAAGUGCAGGUGAAAUGUGAACCUGUGGAAGAUGAAGCUGUGGAGGCCACACAACAACCUGGCAAAAAGGAAGAAGAGCCGAAUGUGUAUGAAAGUGGACAGUGGCAGUCGACUGCAAACAAUGAAACUAGACACAACAACUCUGAUUAUUUAAGUUUAGGCCAGAAUGCCUUGUCGUGCGUCCCUGAGUCGUCUUUGCACAGCGGACUGGCUGUGUCUUGCAGUAGCAGCGGUGGCUUUCAGCAGGGUCUGUUCAGCCGCGGGCUGCUGGGUUACCACCAGUAUCGCAACUCGUACAACGCGGUACGGAGGAGGACGGUGAAGAGGCUGAUGUUUAAGAAAGGCUUCAUAUGUCCGUACUGCGGCAAAUGUUUCGAGCGCGCCGGGCACCUCGAGAGACAUAAACGGAUUCACACCGGCGAGAAACCGUAUCGCUGCGAGAUUUGUGAGAGGCGGUUCAAUCAGAAGUGCAGCCUGAAGGAGCACCUGAAGAUUCACAGGAGGCAAAUUCAGUCCCAACCGGUUGAGAUCCAAGUGGACGAACAGAAACACGCUCCUGAGCUGAAUCCACGCAUCGAUACCCAGCGCCCUGAGGAGGACGUCCAGAUGAAGGUUGAAGACAGCCCCCCUAAGAACGAGGACAUCCUGCUAGCACCUGUAGCGGUAAAAUCUGUGCCUGCAGAGGAGAACAUAACACAGCCGCUGUUUCACGGGGGAAACGAGCAGACGGGGGAAGGAGGCGACAACAUCAGCGAGAACUUCACAGCGUUUGAGAGAGACACCCAACAGUGGAUGCCCAGAGUACAAAACAACCCAGAGUUGAGCAGUACAGAAUUUCUCAGCGGCUCAGGGCAGAACGUGACCUCCUUCCCUGGGAUGUCUCAGAUACUCCCAUCACCAGCCGAGGCUUCUUGUAGCACCUUCUCCUUCCCAGAUAAACCGUACGGAGAACUCAAGAACAGCUUGAUGCCUCAGACACCCUACGGCUCGUCAGACACUCUCAUGAUAUCAAGUGAAGCGGGUUUACACGGUAUGGGCGAGGGCUCGAUGAGUUACCCCCGACAUAUAAAACUCAAGAAGUGCUUCGUCUGCUCGUACUGUGGCAAGAUGUUUCAACGAGCGGGACACCUCGAGAGACAUUUACGAAUUCACACCGGAGAGAAACCGUACGGCUGCCAGAUCUGCGGGAGGUGCUUCAAUCAGAAGAGUAGCCUCAAAGGACACAUGAAGACCCACAGAGACGGUGAGAAGACGGAUGUGCUCGAGACACAUCAACUGAUGUUUACAAUUCCUGAGAACCAUGUGUUGGAGAACACGGUUGAACCCAAGAACCAACUGGCGCCGUUAGAGGAACCAUUACCAGGCCACAUCUACAGCGAGACGGUUAACAAGGAAGCAGUAGUGGUAAGGCUGGAGCCUAACAGGGAGGAUCUCCAGACUCUAAGUCAGGGUGGGAGUGCUAGUAGCACAGGAGCCGCCGAGCAAAGUCAGCUGUGGCCACCUGCAAUCAAUGCGAGUGGUGAAGCUCCUGAAGAAUCUGUUUGUGUACUUUUACAAGAUGUCAAGUUUCACCUGAGCCCUGCUGCUGGAGCACCUGGUGAACUGCAGGGAUACCCAACACCAAUCAAACAUCCGCCUUUCCUAGACAAAGAGAAGGAAGACGUGUUGCACAACCAUCAGUAUUCAGUCAGAGGAAUGCAACCAAGAAGCUUGGAGAUAACUUUAGCACCUGAGCCACAUGAUCAACAUAUCAAACAUGAGGUUUCUGGGAAUGAUUACAGCGCAGCGAGCGACGGGUCUCACGGGGGAGGCGUCUUUGAGUUUAAUGUAACAGCCUCAAGCGACCACGAGGACAUCUGCGGGGACGCCCCUGGGGAAAACAGUUUUAUAUGCUCGAGUUGUGGGCAGAGCUUUGAGAGUUUCAACAUGUUCCAGAGGCACCAGUGUGAAAAAAUCACAGAGCAGCAGUCCUUCAGCUGCGAGAUAUGCGGUGAGACUUUCAAUCACAUGAGCAUCCUGAAACUGCACCUUAAACUGCACGUAGAGAAAAAAGACACCUAAUACACGACAAUGAAGUAACACAGUCAGAAACGAACAAGACAAUUUGCUCCAGAGAUCUGAACGGAUGUGUGAUGUGUUCAUGACUUCCAAACGCCCAAGAUUAAAGAAUAAGGAGUAUUAGUUACUGAUUAAGUAUUAGUUUCUUUUGAAGAACAAAAUGACAGAUAUGUUUCUUUUACAUUUCUUGGUACCUGCUACUUUAACCAAGUGGACGACACUUAGUACAGUGAACAUAUGAGUGAACAUAUUCUCUUUGUGUUGGUUGUGAAAAUGCUGAGUGUUAAGUGACUCUUUUAAGCUGUCUAAUUUAGACUUUAUAUUAAAGAUCGAUGUGGAACUGCUCCUCAAAAGUGAAGCCAAACCAAGUAGAGCUCCCCCUGGUGUCUGGAGGCUGCGGUAUAGGUCAUAAGCUCGACCUCCUCCAUUGUCAGUGGAUGGAACUUGGGCCAAAUUAAAACACUACAAUUCACAUCAAAUAAUUUAUUUUUCUUUUUAAGGAUUAUUUCAGUCAUUUUAGGUAGUUCCUAUAAUGCUGAUGCAUGCUCAAGUGUGAUUUU